AUGUCAACCUCUUUUUAUGGCGAUUACUACUCUAGCUCUUAUAAUGUUAGAAGAAUUAGGAAAAGUAACAGUCCAGAAACCAGUGAGAGCGUCACUACUUCCACUACCUCCACUACCCUCGCUACUUCCACAAGCUCUAAUAAAAGCACUUCUGAUGUUCAUAAGUCUAUUGAAGACGAAGAAUUAAGAAAGCUCCGCCGAUUAUGGUGGGAAGAGGGUAACAUACACCCACAAGCAAAAUGGGAAGAGGCCAAACUUCCAUAUGUCAUUGCCAAGGAAAUUACAUUAGAUGAGUAUGAAAAACGCACAGAUGAAUUUAACGUCCAUGGUCUUUGGGAAUGGAUCAAUUAUGAAAUCAUCAUUUAUGAACUCCCAUUAAAGCACCACGAAACCUUUGUUGUUUCGAUCACCUCAGAAAUAUUAGAGAAAUGUCAUCCUGUUAAACGAACUAAUGCCGCAAUCGGGGGUCUUGGCGCAACUCGAACUCGUGCCGACAAUUUCGGCAAGGAAGCUGAUGCAAGUUUUCGACCUAAAAAACCACGAGUACAACCACCAAACGGAAGCGACGGAGAGGACGAACCCUGGCCAAAUCUUAUUAUUGAAGUUGCGUAUUCUGAAAGCGAACAGCAUGCCUUAGACAAG